AUGGGAAGGGUUUAUAUUUUGCUACUUCUCUGUCUGCUAUGCAUACACACGGGCUUCACGUGCCAGCUGCUUGGUACAUUUGAAAUGCCUUAUAUUUUCAAACCUGGGGACAUCAUGAUUGGAGGAAUUUUUCCAAUUUUUAACAAACAAGAAAAUGUAAUUGCCUCAUUUGAGAGAAAACCUGAAAGAGUUAAUUGUAAUGGAUUUGACCUCCGUGCUUUCCGCUGGAUUCAGGUCAUGAUGUUUGCGAUAGACGAGAUAAACCAGAAUGAGUUUUUGGUUCCUAACAUUUCUUUGGGAUAUAAAAUAAUGGACUCUUGUGCUUCUCCCACAAAUGUUUUACGUGCUGCUCUUACACUGGUGAGUGAGCAGGACAAAGAGGAAACUACACCUCAGUGUCACCUUCCUAUGACAGCUCUUGUAGCUGAAUCAGGAUCGUCGCAGUCCUUGGCAGUUGCCGGGACACUUGGGCCAUUCAGAGUGCCAAUGGUAAGCUACUUUUCAACAUGUGAAUGUCUAAGUGACAAAAGUAAAUAUCCCUCAUUUUUUCGUACAAUUCCAAGUGACUUCUACCAGGCAAAGGCUUUGGCCUCUCUUGUACAACGACACGGAUGGACCUGGAUCGGCGCUUUACAGUCUGACAAUGAUUAUGGAAGAAAUGGAAUCUCAGCCUUCACAAAAGAAGUUGAAAAAAAGGGAGUUUGCAUUGCAUUUGUUGGCACAAUUUUAAGGACAUAUCCCCCAAGUAAAAUCAACGAAGUUGUUGAAUUAAUAAAACAAUCUACAGUAAAAGUGAUCUUGGCAUUUGUGCCAGAGGGAGAUCUCUAUCCUUUAAUGAAAGAAGUUGUGAGACAAAACAUCACAGGAAUUCAAUGGAUAGCAAGUGAAGCCUGGGUAACUGCAGCAAGGCCCUCUACCCCAGAAAUGUUUAAGUCUUUUGGAGGGACAGUUGGAUUUGUGGUACGAAAGAUGGCUAUACCCAAACUGGGACCCUUUUUGAAAAACAUAAGUCCUUACUCUACUUCACAAUCUGAUUUUGUCAGUGACUUUUGGGAAACAAUGGUUGGCUGUAAACCUUGUAUAAAUUGUUCAGCACUAUCUGCAAACAUUACACUUGAUAACCAAGUGUGUAAAGGAGAUGAAAAACUUAAUUACACAGACAAAUUUUUUGAUGUAACACAAUUAAGAGUAACAUAUAAUGUCUAUCAAGCUGUAUAUGCAAUUGCACAUGCCAUUCAUAAAUUGCUAUUUUGCAAAACAGAUCAAAAUAAUCUCAUAAUACAGUGUCUGAACAUAUCACAGAUAACUCCUAAACUGGUCAGCGAUCGCUUGCAGAAGGUGAAUUUUGUGGAUGAAUAUGGUGAAAAGGUGUUCUUUGAUAAGAAUGGAGAUCCACCUGCAUCCUAUGAGCUCAUAAACUGGCAGCUAAGAGAUGGAGAGGUACAACAUGUAGCAGUGGGCUAUUUCAGCACCUCCACAGAUGGAACAUAUCAACUUAAAGUUAAAGAGGAUGACAUCCACUGGAACACAGGCAAUUCGAUACCAAAGUCUGUCUGUACAGACGUCUGCCCAAAUGGCACAAGAAAAGCACAAAUCAAAGGACAGCCAGUGUGCUGCUUUGACUGCAUCCCAUGUGCUGAUGGUUCAAUAUCAAAUACAACAGGAGCAGCAGACUGCAUUCUCUGUCCUGAAGAAUACUGGUCAAACAAAAGGCGAGAUGAGUGUAUCAUAAAAACCAUAGAGUUUCUAUCGUAUACAGAAACAAUGGGGAUAAUUCUGACAGCUCUAUCACUAUUUGGUGCCAGUAUUACUUUAGCCACUAUUAUUGUUUUUAUCCACUUUCGAGAAACACCUAUAGUUAAAGCUAACAAUUCAGAGCUGAGCUUGUUAUUACUAGUUUCUCUGUUCUUUUGCUUCCUCUGUCCACUUACGUUUAUUGGUGAACCAACAGUCUGGUCAUGUAUACUACGUCACACAGCAUUCGGGGUUAUUUUUGCGUUGUGCAUUUCUUGUGUUUUGGGAAAAACCAUAGUAGUCGUCACUGCUUUCAGAGCCACACAACCAGGAAAUAAUAUGGCUGGAAGAUUUGGGCCAGUUCAACAAAGAAUUAUUGUGUUCUCAUGUACUGCGAUUCAAAUAGUCAUCUGUGUACUGUGGCUUAAAAUAAACCCACCGUUUCCUGAUAAAGCUCUGAGGUAUAACAAUAAAAAAAUCAUUUUAGAAUGCAACACAGGAUCAGACGCUGCAUUUUAUGCAGUUUUGGGAUACAUCGGUCUACUUGCUGCAGUCUGUUUGGUUCUGGCAUUUUUAGCUAGGAAACUACCAGAUAAUUUUAAUGAGGCCAAAUUUAUCUCUUUCAGUAUGUUUAUUUUUUGUGCCGUCUGGGCAACAUUUAUACCUGCCUAUAUCAGUUCACCUGGUAAAUACACAGUUGCGGUAGAGAUUUUUGCGAUUUGGUCAUCUGCCUUUGGCUUAUUGUUGAGUAUAUUUUUGCCAAAAUGUUUCAUCAUUCUCAUAAAACCAGAAAGGAAUACUAAAAAACACAUGAUGGGAAAAGUUCAAAAAGCAUUGAGGUAG